AAAAUAGAGCAGAUGUUUUGAAAAUAAUUUGCUUUUGUGUCUGACAACCCAUGAAAUGGUUAUUUCAGGUUGGCGAUGUAAAAAGUUAAAGGGGCAGCAACCAAUCUAUAUACGUUGGACACUUUAAUGACCAGAAUCAUGUUUGCCUUCUAUUAAAAAAAACAUUGAAACUAACAAAUCCCUCCUACCAUUUCAGAAGGAAAAUCAUAGUUAGAAUUAAAUGUUUACACAAUGAGGUACUUAGUUUUUGUACGUGUGUCAUUUGAGAUUCUGCCCAAAAUUCCUAAAAGGGUCAGGAAAUGUGAAGAUCACAGCAAGCCUUUGUCCUAGACAUCCAUGCCAAACCGUUUAGCUGGGGUGUAAUCAUUCUGCCAAACAUUAUUUUUUAUCCACGACAGAAUUAAUUUGCUGGAAGGAAAAACAGGAUAACAGGUGAAGUCAUUUAAAUAUAAUUGUAUACAAUGAUCAGGCUUCAUUGCAUCAACUUCUAGUGGAUUUGGGACAGCCGAUGUUGAGAUAUGUCUUCCAAAGAACUCCUGCCGCCGCUUGGGAUCUUAUCGCACUGCUCGCUCCACUGGGAAGUUUAAACCAGAUGUCCUUGUGCGCCAAAAGGAAGCCCUCCCCAGCCUUCUAACUCUACUGAGCUCACAGGGACCCAAGCACCAACAAGGAGUCACUAGAGUGUAACAAGGCAAGUACAGGUGACGGGGGAGCGGAUACCAUGGUGACGGGGGAGCGGAUACCAUGGGGACGGGACCAUGGUGGGAAGCAGCGGCCGGUGGCGUACUACUCCAAGCAUUUGGAGCUAGUCUCUCGGGCUCUGCCACAACCCGACCUCUCAGACACACCCAUUGAUAAUGCUCAUCUUGAGUUUUUUGUGGAUGGCUCAACACAGCGUUUCCCCAAGGGGGAGCCCUUGGUAGCAUAUGCCAUAACUUCAGCAUUAGAGGUUGUUGAAAGUGCUAGAUUACCCUCACACCUCUCUGCUCAGGCAGCUGAACUGUUUGCGCUCACUAGAGCCUGUAUUCUAGCCCAACAUCAGUCUGUUAAUAUCUCCACAGACAGCAGAUAUGCCUUUGGGGUCGUGCAUGACUGUGGUACUCUGUGGCGCCAGCCUGGGUUCCUAACAGCAUCUGGUAACGCUGUAGCUGACAUGGCUGCGAAAGCAGCUGCCACGUCUCCUGUCUCCCCCAUUUUGCAGAUGGUUUCUCUGCCUCCAACUAUUUGUCAAAUGCACCGAACUUGAAUAAAGCUUUACUUGUGAAAAGAAUCUGCAGUCUCUGUGCCUUUCCCAUUUAGUUAUUUCCACAACAAUUUGGCGACAAGGAUGGGCUGGCUAACUCCGUUCACUGAUCGUUCCCGGGGACUCCAAGGUUAACUGUGAACAGGGACCACCACAGUGUGGUUCAGGGAGCUCUUUAUUCAAGAUUUGCAAACUUGGAGCAGUUAACAACACUCUCAGCAAAUGCACCAAACAACACAGCCAGGAAGAGAUGCACAGGAAUUGUCUAGAAGUUUAGGCAACUAUUUGUUA